AUGUCGCUGUUCGACUUGCAGAAGCCCGACGCGACGACAGUGAUCAGAUGGGUGCUGCGAGUGGUCCUGGUCGUGUUCCUCGCCUGGCUGGUCCGGCGACGGCCUGAGCAGGACGAGGAGGAAGAAGAGGAGGAGGCGUACGACGCGAGGCGGCCGGCGGCGAAACCCCGCGGAGCAGGGGUGCGCAGCGCCCCGAGGAUCCAGCAGCCGCGGCGCGAGCACCCGUACCCGCAGCCGGGGCAGGUCGGCGGUGUGCGGCAGCGGCGCCCGCUGAGCGGCGCGGACGGAGGGAUGGACUUCGACGCAGUGAUCGACAAGAUGUCGAAGCCGAAGGAGAUGUGGGAGGUGCGCAAGGAGGGCUCCGCCCCGCAGAUCCUGCCGCGCGCGGACGUCGAGCCGCUGAG